AUGAGUGCUCCACACACGCUGGCUCGGAACGCCCUGUGGGAGGUCCGGCUCUUGUUCCUCAUGCGCGUGCUGCGCAUGUGGGCGUUCGGAUCCACCGGCGUGAUACUCGCGGUCUACCUGCAUGCCGUCGGCCUGUCGGACGACCGCAUUGGGCUGCUGCUGUCGCUCACGCUGGUCGGAGACGCGGCGCUGUCCCUGCUGCUGACAGGCAAGUACUGUUGGUAUCAAAUCUCGCACCACAUGUAA